AUGGUUAACCUGCAAGAUGAUCGCCAGUCCGUUAAGAAGUUUGCCUUCUUUGGAAUUGCCGCCUCGACAGUCGCCACGCUUACCGUGAUUAUGGCCGUUCCGAUGCUAUGCCUUUACAUGCAGAACAUCCAAUCAGGUCUUCAAGACGAUUUGACUUUUUGCAAGUCUCGAACUGACUCCCUUCGCAAUGAAUACAACCGAUUGGCUGCUUAUCGCGAUUCGGCAGUCGCUUCAACCCGCCAAAAGCGUCAAAGCCAUGACAAAUGCUGUUCGUGCGGUUCUGGAGCUGCAGGACCAGUGGGAGCGCCAGGAGAUGAUGGAGAGCCAGGACCAGAUGGAAAGCCAGGAACUCCAGGAAGCCCAGGAAAGGAUGCAGAUCCAUCAGAUGUGCCAACCGCCGAAGACUUCUGCUUCGAAUGCGAACCAAGUCCGGCUGGACCGCCAGGACCGCCAGGACCAAAGGGAACUGAUGGCGAGCCAGGAAACCCUGGAGAACCAGGACCAGUUGGACGCCCUGGAACCAAAGGAGCCCCAGGACCAGUUGGACCACCAGGUGCCGAUGGUGAGCCAGGAGACAAAGGAGCAAACGGAGCGCCAGGAGUUCAGCGCACUGUUUCCUCUCCACCAGGAGAACCAGGAGAGCCAGGAGAGCCAGGAGAGAAAGGAGAACCAGGACAAGAUGGAAGACCAGGACAACAAGGAAGACCGGGACUUCAAGGAGAGCCUGGUCCAGCUGGAAAAGAUGGAGAAAAUGGAAAGGACGGAGUCGAUGGAGAGCCAGGAAAACCAGGAGAGCCAGGAGCAAAGGGAUCCUGUGAUCACUGCCCACCACCACGUACUGCUCCAGGGUACUAA